AUGCCUAAGGCUUUUCUUCAAGCAUGGGCAGCUGCUUGCAGAGCUGCCAUAGGCACUCCAGUCUUAUGCAUACCAGAGGGCUACACAUUCUUACUGAGUCCUACAACAUUUCAAGGUCCAUGUACUUCCCCAAACAUCAAUGUUCAAAUUGAUGGCAAUAUAGUAGCACCAAGCGACCCUAGAUCAUGGACUAGUCUUGACCUGCAUAAUUGGCUUGCCUUCUCGAAAAUCAGUGGCCUUGUUAUCGAUGGAACAGGGCGAAUCGACGGGCAAGGCUCAGGAUUGGGUUUAUAUGAUUGUGACAACCUUCAACUUAGUGGAUUAACACAUAUCAACAGCCCCAGAGACCAUAUAAACAUAGUUGGCUGCACCGGUUUAACCAUCUCUAAUCUUCAUAUAAUCGCCCCUGAUUUAAGCCCCACCACCGAUGGCAUCAAUAUAGGCAAAUCAGAUCAUAUAGAAAUUCAUGAUUCCAUUAUCGCAACUGGCGAUGAUUGUAUAGCAAUUGGUGGAGAAUCUACUUAUAUCAAUGUAACUGGGAUAGAAUGCGGACCAGGACAUGGUAUAAGCAUUGGAAGCUUGGGAGCCAAUGGAAUGAGUGACACUGUUGAAGAAGUACAUGUGAAAAAUUGUAGUUUUACAGGAACCAUGUUUGCAGCGAGGAUCAAAACUUGGCAGGGUGGGUCUGAAUAUGCUAGGCAUAUCUCCUUUGAGGAUAUUACACUGGUUGCGGCAGGCACCCCAAUCUUAAUUGACCAAUACUAUUGCAUUUCCACUCCCAAUUGCAAAAAUCAAAUAAGCGAUGUUUUUUACACUAACGUUCGCGGGACGUCGAGCACAGAUGUUGCAAUCAAACUUAGUUGCAGUGAGACCGCGGGCUGCACCAACAUUGUGCUUAACAAUAUCGACAUAACGUCGAUUGAUGAUCCGACCCAUAUCACUUCCUCUUCAUGCUUGAAUGCUCAUGGAACAUCUAGCUUGACAAAUCCUGUUGUAGAUUGUUUGAUACCUUAG